AGACGAAGAGAGAGACGAAGACAGAUCAGUCGUCAGCAGACGGAGAAACGUUCAUCUUUAAAUCUUGUGACUGAAGAAGACGAGGUGUGUCUCCAUGGCGACAGGUGUGUUUGUGUUGCUGAGCACGUGGGUCGGUGUGUGCGUGGCAUUUAACCUCGACACGGUGUUCCCGCUGCUGAAGACGGGCGGAGACGGGAGUCUGUUUGGACUGUCUGUCGCUCUGCACCAAGACCUGAAGAGAGACAGCUACCUGCUAUUGGUCGGAGCUCCCAGGGAGAAGGCAGAGACUAAUGUUCCAGCCAAUCGAACGGGAGGAGUGUACAGCUGCCCGAUCACCGCCGACCAAUCGGAGUGCAGCAGGAUGAAGCUCAUAGACCCAGGUGAGACUCACCUGCAUUCAACCAGGAAGUCACAUGAUGUCUUUCACAGGAGACUCACCGGGUCUUCACCGAACCGACCGCUAACC